AGAUGGUGUUCACACCAGAGCAAGAUGCUUUUAUUUUAAUGGCACAUUUCCGCAGUGGUAACCGAAAUCCUGAUGGAACUUGGAGCUAUUCACUGCAAUCGUGCAUUGAACAGUUUUCCGAAGAGUACCCUGAUGUUAAUAUCGACUACGAUGUAUUUAAGAACCACAGGUCACGUCUAAUAACACGAUAUGAAAACAAGCACUGCAUUUGCAAAGGGAAGUCAACAGGCAGACCGACUGUUUUAAGUGAAAAUGUUGUUAACGAUAUUCAACAACGAAUGGAACAAAGUUCCAAAAAAUCGAUUUCUCGACUUUCCGCUCAAACAGGCCUAUCGACUGGUACCUGCCACAAAGCUUUGAAGAAGGUGCUACACAUGCAUCCGUACAAAAUUUCUUCCGUGCAACAAUUACAUGCACUUGAUUACGAUCGUCGAGUGCAAUAUUGCCACUGGUUCAACGAACGCUUAAACGAUAACAAUUUGUUAGACCUAACGUUUUAUUCAGACGAAGCAUGGGUACAUUUGUCAGGUUACGUUAAUAGCCAAAAUUACCGGACUUGGGCAGCAGAAAAUCCGCACAUUUUUGUCGAAACAUCUCUACAUCCCCAAAAGGUUGGCGUUUGGGUAGCCAUGUCAAGAAGGAGGAUAAUUGGACCGAUUUUUUUUAUGAAACUAUAAACGGAGAGCGAUAUCGUGCAAUUCUGCAUCAAGCUAUUGAAAAAAUCUGCAAGAUGAUGAGCUACAACAUGGAUUUUUCCAGCAAGAUGGAGCCACGGCACACACCGCUAACGAAACGCUUAGAUACCUCCAAGAAUUUUAUGGCGAUCGAAUUAUAAGCACUGGUUUGUGGCCUCCAAGUAGUCCUGACCUCACACCAUUGGACUACUUUUUGUUUGGACGAAUUAAAAAUAAUAUAUUUAAAAAUCGGCUGCACACACUCGAAGAAUUGGAAAGGGCGAUACGACAAGAAAUAAACGAUGUGACGCAAGAUGAACUCGAACGUGUAUUUGAAAAUAUGAAGCGUAGAGUGAAUUUGUGCCUGGAAGUGAACGGUGGCCACUUUGAGCACCUUUUGUAACAAUAAAUAGUACAAUAUA